UAAUCAUGGGGAAAAGAUAUUAUUGUGCUUAUUGUGACAGAUCCUUUAAGGAUGAUCCAGAAGCCAGAAAAAAACAUCUUUCCAGUUUGCAACAUACGAAAAAUCGUGCGGAUCAUUACAAUAUGUAUAAAGAUCCAGAAGUUAUAUUGAAGGAAGAAAGUACAAAGAUACCAUGUAAAUGGUAUUUAAGUGUCGGUGAUUGUGCAUUUGGUCUUGGUUGCAGAUAUUCUCAUUAUACCCCUCCUAUGAUAUGGGAACUUCAACGACUUGUUGCUAUAAGAAAUCAAUCAAAGCUGAAUGUAACGCCUGAAAAUGGUUGGCCAAAUCCUGACGACAUAAUCAAAGAAUAUUUUGAGAAUAACACAAGCACAAGCAGUACAGACGAUUUUGUUUAUCCAACUUGGAAUAGACCAUUGGAACUACACGAUUAUUCUAUGUUACCACCAUCAUUGUGGCCUAUUACACCAGAAAGCUUAGCAAAUACUACAACUUUUAAAGAGUGGGGUUAAAAACAUAAGCAAUGUACAGUUUCUUAAUAAAUGACAUUAAGAUGCAUAUUCAAAAAUUAAUCAUAAUCCAAA